UUAAGUGUGACAAAUUCAUACACUAUCGCUAAAACUGGGUGGGUGAACUUAUAUCUAAUACGGGUUCAUCUUGGGUUGCGAACGGGCGAGGGUCAGAUGGCGGACAGUGCGCCUGCGACGUCCGCACUUCGGCAGACCGUCGCCGGGCAGCACCCUAUCGGCAUGCGUCGAGUUUUAGCGCGUCCAGGGCCGAAGCCCGCGCCGACGCCGUUGCGGUUACUAUCUAUCUCCGUUAUCUUACUUAUAUUUGUGGCACUUACAUUGAACAUACCUUUAAGCGUUUAUGCACUCCAAGCAAGACAGCAGUAUAUUGUAUGUAAAAAUCUCGAUUCGCAAAUGUGUGUUACAUGGCUAUUUAAAUUCGAAAAUGAGAAGGAUAUGUACGACGUUUUAUCUCCAUUGGCUAUUACAAAUCAAUUUUGCGGUUUUAGCGCUCUAAAACCAAUUCAUCCUCACCGAAGACUUAUUAUGGUAAAGCCGUUACAUGGAAACCUAAAAUCUAGACCCAUAUUCUGCAAUACACUAAUGGUUGUAACAAAAGAAGGAUUUCACUUAACUGAUAAUACUGAUGCAUUCAGAAGCAUAUAUAGAGAACGACGGCAGACUGGUUAUAGUCCGAGGGGUCGAUACCGGGGACAAACUCAAUCGCAGUAUCUAGCGAUAGAAAGGGGUAACGGAAAAGAUGAAGGCAAAGCUGAAGCACAUUCUGCUGCAGAUUCUUCAAGGGCUAGCGUUAGUGGCAAUAGCGGCAUGGGGCAAGCUCAAAGUCAAACUAUAUAUGAUCCUAGUUGUGAUGAAUGCUAUGGUCGUUCGGAUAUAGAUGCUGCAAAUUUAAGUCGAAGGCCUGGACAAACUGGUGAAAAUGGAUUAAUAUCUCAAGGUAUUAAACCUGGUGGGAAUGUACCAGCAUCUAACCAAGGGAGUCCAGAUAAAAACUUGAUUCAGAAUCAAUAUGGAAAUCAAGGAGGCUCACCCAGUGGAGGCCAUGGAGGAUUUCAUACGAAUGGAUCAAAUCAAGGACGGAACAAUGGCGAAGUACCAGCUAAUACUUACACUCCUAAUCAAAUUAUACCAGGAAGAACAUAUCCAACAAAUCAUAUAAGAGCACCAGAUGGAGGAGUUCAAGGAGUAACACCAGGGGGUGAUUUUCAUGGAAGUAUGCGAGGAGUUAUACCCAGUGAUGGUUUGCAAAUAGGAAAACCAGGAAUUGGUUUUCAAGGCGCACCUGGAACUAUUUCACAGGGUCAAAUACCUGUUGGGGAAUCUCAAAGGGGAAACAAUGGUCUUCAAGGACAGGUUCCACAGUCUCAACCCGGAUCUGUUUUACACGAAAGAAUGCCCACUAAUGUAUUACAUGGGAUGACUCCUGGAGGAACUAUUCCUGGAACAGAUUCACAGAGAGGUCAGCCUGGUAUCAGCUUACAAGGAUUGACACCUGGAAUUAUCUCGCAAGGAGGGCAACCCAAUAUAGAUUCCAGAUCUGUACAAGGUUUGAGACCUGGAGGGAAUUUACCUGGAACAGUGCCAAGCGGUCCCACUGCACAAGGUGGAAUACCAAAUAAUAUUCAAAACGGUCAACGGAAUUUAUUUUCUCAAACUACAGGAGGUUAUAUUCCUGGUGGUCCUUCAAUACCCAGUGCUAAUGGAAAGGGGCUUAUAGGUAGUAAUUGGCCUUUAGCUUCGGGUCCCAUACAAGGCAGUGACGGUUCAAUCUAUUAUUGUUGCAUAGUUAAUCCUAACUAUGGUUCAGGGGGUUAUAGUUUACAACCAAGUAGUCAAAAUGGCCAACAAGGAUUAUACGAUUCUCGCUUGAAGCCCUACGAUGCUGGGAUACAAAGUGUUAAUGGGCCAUAUGGUUCUAGUACUAUGGGACAACAAAUACCUUAUGGAACUACCAAACAGCAGAUACCAUUUGAUGCUGAAUCUAAGAGACAACAGAUGCCAUAUGGAACCAGUGUUACUGGACAGCAGACACCGUAUGUAACAGGUCCUACGGCACCAUAUGGAACAGGUUCUACGGUGCAGCAGGCACCAUAUGGAACAGGCACUACUGGACAACAAGCACCAUAUGGAACAGGUACAACUGGGCAGCAGGCGCCAUAUGGAACAGGCACCACCGGACAGCAGGUGCCAUACGGACAUGGGCAUACAGCUCAACAGACACCAUAUGCGACUGAUACCACUGGACAGCAAAUACCAUAUGGGAUUAGCACAACGGGUCAACAAACACCAUAUGGAACUAGCGUAACAAGUCAACAAAUACCAUAUGGAAGUAGUACAACAGGACAAAAUGUACCAUAUGGAACAGGUAUUACAGGCCAACAAACACCAUAUGGAACUGGCACUACAGGUCAACGAGUGCCAUAUGGAACUGGUACUACAGAUCAACAAACGCCAUAUGGAACAGGAAUUUCAGGUCAACAAACGCCUUAUGGAACGGGCCCUACAAGCCAACAAGCGCCAUUUGGAACUGGCACUACAGGUCAACAAACACCGUAUGGAACUGGCCCUACAGGUCAACAAACGCCUUAUGGGACAGGCACGAGAGGUCAACAAAUACCGUAUGGAACUGACACUACAGGUCAACAAAUACCGUAUGGAACUGGCACUACAGGUCAACAAACACCAUAUGGAACAGGUACUACAGGCCAACGAACACCGUAUGAUACUGGCACUACAGGUCAACAAACGCCAUAUGGAACAGGUACUACAGGUCAACAAACACCGUAUGGUACUGGCACUAUAGAUCAACAAAUGCCAUAUGGAACAGGCACUACAGGCCAACAAACACCGUAUGGAACUGGUACUACAGGCCAACAAAUACCAUAUGGAACUGGCACUACAGGUCAACAAAUGCCAUAUGGAACGGGCACUACAGAUCAACAAACAGCGUUUGGAACUGGCACUAUAGGUCAACAAGUACCUUAUGGACCUGGAAAUACAGGGCAACAAGCACCAUACGGAACUGGCACAACAGGACAACAAAUACCUUAUGGAACAGGAACUACAGGACAGCAAUUACCAUACGACACUGGUUCGACGGGUACACUAACACAACAAAUACCCUAUGGAACUGGCGGUAUAGGACAGCAAACACCAUAUAAUAAUGGAAUGAGAGGGUCAACGGGGCAACAAAUACCCAAUGGACACAAUGGUUAUUCAUAUAACGAAGGAAAUUCAGUUGGUCAAAAUAAUGUACAAUAUGGUCAAACUCAAGGAACAGGAUACGACGACCAAAGGAAGACGGGUCAGGGUGUAGAUCUCACUGGAGAACCACAAAAUGUCAUAGAUUCUAAUUCCAUACUAACAGACGGCGAUGAUUCACAAGCUGAAGCUAGUGUUUCACAAGGAGCAAAUGGAACUGUUGCUACUGCAUCUUCAAAUGGUGGUAACGACAAAAGCCGCGCAGAAACUAAUGUUCAAGGUACAUACACGGGCACCGGAUCUUUUUCAGCACAAGCUUCAAUCAGCGAUGAUAAUAAAGGAGCAGAAAGUCAAGUAUCAGGCAGUAAAAGAGGAGCUUCUAGUAAUGCUUCAGGCAGGGGUAAAAAGAAUAAAUCACAAGCUGCCGUUGAACUCGGUUCUGAAACGGGUUCUAUACAGACAGAUUCACAAAGUAGUGGAAUCAUGCAUUCUUCUAAUACUCAAGUGCAAGGCAGUCUAAAAGGAGGAGUCGCAGAUGCACAAGCUCGAGGGCCUGGUAGUACUUCAUCUCAGGCGCAAAUUGGUUUCACACCUUAUAAAGAAGGAGAUAAGUCACACGAUCUUAUUACAAGACCUUUUGUAGGAGGUGGCACAGCUUCAGCACAUUCAAGCGGUCGGAUGGGCACAUCACAAUCACAAUUAAGAGGUACUUUCAAGUAUGGUAUCACAUACAACGGGGCCGCUCAGGCUGGAGCAAGUUUAGAUAAGGAUGCUGUAUUUUCUAAUCUACAGCCUUUCGAUAAAAUAGAUGUUUAUGAUAAAAAUAAUACAAAUAUUAAUGUUUAUGAUGCUGAAACAGAUACUUUAUCAACUACACCGUUUGACGUAGAAUUGACGACAGAAAGAAUUUAUGAAGAACCUCUAAGACCGUCCGAAGAAAAAAAUUCUGACCACACUCAUUCUGAUCAUCAUAAGUCAUUGGAGCCAUUAAACACUACUAAUGUAUCACCGAUAGUUGGAAACAGACGUGCUUUUCCAUCAGCUUAUGGUAAUAAUGGCGAUUAUGAAUACAACGUUGACGAUAAUCCCACAGAAGAAUAUGACUUAGAAGAUGUUGCUGACGGAAAUGAUGCUGGUCAAACAGAACAAGGAGAAUAUAGUAUUUACGAUAACUACGCCCGCGAAUCAGAUGUAACUCAUGAAUCCCUUCAUAGUCCGAGUCAAAAGGGUUUGGAUGUUCGACAGACUACUGGCGGUAACACACAACAUAUAUUAAUAGGCUCACUAAAGAAUCAAGAUGCAAAAAUUACACAAAUAAAAUCCGAACGUCCAGAUGAAAGUAAAAUAUAUCAACCUGGAGAACGAGUACCAGGUAUGGGAGGAUACGUAAUUCCAGUAGGUUUUACAGGCAGUGUGAAAUCCGUUGCAUCUAAAGACAAAACUUAUGUAGUAGGGUCAAGAGGUUCACCAUCACAAGCUCAAACAGUAACUCUUACUCCAGGUACAGGUAAAAUAAAAUAUAUAUAUCCAGAGCGAUACAGCAAAAGUGUACAUCCUAAAGACUUAAGAUCACUCUAUAAUUCUAAACCUGUCGAUAACCGCUACGUCUCAGUUUCAAAGUCAGUAACACGUGAUUUAGAUAGUGAAAACAACAUCCGUAAGCAAUACUCACAUACAUAUUAUACAAAAUCCUCAUCUUGUGGAUAUUUUACUUUUACGUGUACAAUGGUAAGCAGUUCAGAGGGUAAGAAAAAGGUGUGCAAGCCUAAAAUACCUACAAAUCCCGAUGGGACGCCAAUGAGGUGUUAAUGUUUAAGUAUUUUGUUUAUUGUUAAAUAUAAUAAUCUACAUUUACUAUAGCAAUUAAACUGUUAUUGGUAUAUCUAAAUAAAAUUAGUUAGUUAAUUGCCAUUUGUUGUCAGUUUAACAUAAAAUUGUAUAUAAAUGUUAAAUAAAAACCAAAACUUCAA